AUGGAGCUUAAAAGUUGUUUAAGAGGCACAUUUUUUAAUCAAGUAUUUUAUUUGAAUUCUAGUUCUAUAAAACAUGAACGAAUGCCAUUAUUUUUUAAUCAUAAAAGUACAUUUUUAUUAGGAAUUAAACAAUAUUCUCAGAGAAUGCGUGCAUUUAAACUGAAUCCGUCUCAAGAAAAAGGAUAUGGAUCAUUUCUAAAAGAGCAUGGGACUGAUUUGACCGAGUUAGCAAAGUUAGGAAAGCUGGAUCCUGUAAUAGGAAGAGGAGAGGAGAUUAGAAGGACUAUACAGAUUUUGUCACGGAGAAUUAAAAAUAAUCCAGCAUUGGUGGGACCUGCAGGUGUAGGAAAAACUGCUAUUAUAGAAGGGCUUGCACAACAUAUUAUUAAAAAAGAAGUUCCAGAAUCUAUGAAAAAUAAAAGUGUAAUAUCACUUGAUUUAGGAUCUCUUAUAAGUGGAUCAAAGUACCGUGGAGAAUUUGAAGAACGAUUAAAAGGCGUUUUGAAAGAUAUUGAGAAUGCCAAUAGAAAUGUAAUAUUAUUUAUAGACGAAUUGCAUAUACUUUUUGGACUUGGAAAAGCUGAAGGAUCAGUUGAUGCAUCAAAUUUAUUAAAACCAGCGUUAGCACGUGGUCAACUCCAAUGCUGCGGCGCAACGACUAUUGAAGAAUACAGAAAGUAUAUAGAAAAGGAUGCUGCACUUGCAAGAAGAUUUCAACCAGUUUAUGUUAACGAACCUACUGUGUCCGAUGCUAUUUCUAUUCUUAGAGGAUUAAAGGAAAAAUAUGAAGUACAUCAUGGUGUAAGAAUUACAGAUUCAGCUCUAGUAACAGCUGCUGUAUAUUCAAACAGAUAUAUAACAGAUAGAUUUUUACCGGAUAAGGCAAUUGAUUUAGUUGAUGAAGCUGCAUCAUCUCUUCGUUUGCAACAAGAAUCUAAACCUGAUUCUAUUCAAGAAUUAGACAGAAUAAUAAUGACACUUCAAAUAGAAUUAGAAAGCUUGCGUAAAGAAACUGAUGCUAUUAGUAUUGAAAGAAGAGAAAAAUUAGAAAAAAAUCUAAAGGAAAAACAAAAAGAAGUUUCUACUUUAAAUGAAAUAUGGAUCAAAGAAAAAAAUGAAUUAUUGUCUAUUAAAACAGCUCAAGAAGAACUUGAUCGUGCCAAAACUGAAUUGGAACAUGCACAACGUGAAGGAAAUUAUGCACGUGCAAGUGAGCUUCAGUAUUCUAUUAUACCGGAGUUGCAAAAAAAGGUUCCUAAAGAGGGGGAUUUAGAUAAAACUAACUCUCUUCUUCAUGAUUCUGUAACAUCAGAUGAUAUUGCGUUAAUAGUAUCAAAAGCUACAGGUAUUCCAACAUCUAAUUUAAUGCGUGGAGAAAAAGAUAAGUUGUUGUUUAUGGAAGAUGCUUUAAGAAAAAAAAUACGUGGACAAGAUCAAGCUCUUAAAGUUGUUGCAAACGCUGUUAGAUUAAGUCGUGCUGGUUUACAAGAUGAAAAAAGACCUCUUUCAAGUUUUCUAUUCUUAGGGCCAACAGGGGUCGGAAAGACUGCUUUAUGCAAGGCUUUAGCUAAGUUUCUUUUCGAUAGCGAAAAUGCUAUGAUACGUUUUGACAUGUCUGAAUUUCAGGAAAAACAUACUAUUUCUCGUUUGAUAGGAUCACCUCCAGGAUAUAUUGGAUACGAGGAAAGUGGUGAACUUACAGAAGCUAUUAGAAGGAAACCUUAUUCGGUUAUAUUAUUUGACGAGUUCGAAAAAGCACAUCGUGAUGUUUCUAAUUUAUUAUUGCAAGUUUUAGAUGAAGGGAGUUUAAAAGAUUCCCAAGGUCGAAAAAUUGACUUUAAAUCUACUCUUAUAAUUGCAACUUCUAAUUUAGGGUCUGAUAUUUUAAUUAAUGAUCAAUCUCCUGAAGGAACAAUAAGUGAAAAAACAAGAGAAGCCGUUAUGCAAAUUGUACAAGCUACUUAUCCUCCUGAAUUUUUAAAUAGAAUAACAGCUAUUCAUUGCUUUAAUAAACUUGGGCGUAACUGUUUAAAAGAUAUAGUAAAUAUUCGUCUUCAAGAAAUUCAGGAGCGGCUGAAUCAUCGUAAAAUUAUAUUAAACCUAGAUGAUGAUUCAAAAACUUGGUUAAGUGAUAAAGGAUAUUCUUUGGCUUAUGGAGCAAGACCGCUUAAUCGUCUUAUUGAGGAAAAAAUACUUGUUCCUAUGUCUUCUUUACUCAUAGAAGGAAAAAUAAAGUCCAAUGAAACUGUUUUUGUAAGAUUAAACAAAGAAACUUCAGAAAUACAAGUGCAUUCAAAUCAUUAA